AUGGUUCUAAUCUAUGAUCAUAUUAAAGCUAAUCAAAUCGCCCACCCCCAGCUUUCUAAAUCUGAUUCUAAGGAGGAAGGGUCAGACAUUGAAUUUUUUGUGGGUGAGGAUUCUGCCGGUGAUUCAAAAAGUGAGACUGAGGAGAGUCUAGAGGACUUUGAGGUUGAAUUGGAGGUCUCUGAGGACUUUGAAAAGGAUGACUCUCCGUCCCCUCAGAAGAAGAAACCUAAACCUUCUUUUCAGAAAAGGAAAAAGCAAAAAAGGCAAGGCAAUUUGGAGCUGAAGAUGGAGGACAAAGAGCAGAGCAAAGAUUCUGAUGCGGACCAAAAAGUUGAGGAGGAGAUUAUGGGGGAUGAUUUCAACCAGAGUGUUGGUGGUGAUGUCGAACAAAUUAUUGAUGGAGAAGACCCCAAAACUGAUCAAGCCAAGGUUGGUGAAAAAAGACCCCCUUCUAACCCUUUUGUUGAGGGUUUGAAGGGGUUUGUAGACACCCUUGACUGGCUCAGAAAUAGUCACAAGAAAGCUAUGGAGGAAAACAAGAAACUGAGUCAUAGGAUCCAAAUUCUGGAGACUAUUAGCAUCGGUGAAGGUAAAUCCAUUGCUGAGUAUGUUGAGGAUUUCAGAAAGACUAUUGCCAGAGUUGAAGAGAUUAGGGACGCCUUCAAUCCAAGGUUUGAGCAAGUGGAGAAGGCCCUAGAGGAAAUUAAAAACAAUGACACUGUUAGGGACUAG